AAGCUGAGACUGAGCUAAUAAUCCCAACUGAAUUAGCAUCUCGUUGAGCUUCGCAUAGCUUUUAGACGGAAACCCCCUAAGUAAUCAACAUGUGUUGUGGACCAGCUUCGUGCUGCCCGAGCUGCGGCCCACCCUGUGGCGGACCCUAUUCUACGCAAUGUUGCGUGGAGCUCUGCUGUUCCCCCUGUACCCCGGCCUACUUGCAGUGCACCAUCUGUCCCUGCCACCCUCGCUGUUGCUAGCCCAGUGAAGGACGAAGAGUUAACAUUGUCCUCACGGCGGAUAGUCCUAUACAUUGCUGAUCCCAACUAACGAAAUGAUAAUGCAAAACAAAAAAAAAUAAAUAAAAUAUAAUAGAGGAACGAUCAUAAGACAA